CUUCACGCAAACCUCCAAAGCAGCCAACAAGAGCUAUCUAGCGGCGCACAAACAAAGCAACACUUUGUCAAGCUAGCCUUUGUUGAUCGACGCGCCCGCCAUGGAGCUCAACCUCGUGUCGUGGGCGCCGCUCCUCCUCCUCGCGCUCUCCGCCGCGUACGUCUACUGCGCGACGCGGAGCCGGUCGCCGCAGCGGCUGCCGCCGUCGCCGCCGGGGUGGCCGGUGAUCGGGCACCUGCACCUGCUGUCCGGCGGGAUGCCGCACCACGUCAUGACCGACCUGGCGCGGUCCAUGCGGGCGCCGCUGCUCCGGCUGCGCAUGGGCAGCGUGCGCGCCGUGGUGAUCUCCAAGCCGGACCUGGCCCGCGCCGCGCUCACGGCCAACGACGCCGCGCUCGCGUCGCGGCCGCACCUCCUGUCAGGCCAGUUCCUGUCCUUCGGCUGCUCCGACGUCACGUUCGCGCCCGCGGGCGCCUACCACCGCAUGGCGCGCCGGGUGGUCGUCUCCGAGCUCCUCUCGGCGCGCCGGGUGGCCACGUACGGCGCCGUCCGGGUCAAGGAGCUCCGCCGCCUCCUCGCGCACCUCACCAAGAACACCUCCCCGGACCGCCCACUCGACCUCAGCGAGUGCUUCCUUAACCUGGCCAACGACGUGCUCUGCCGCGUCGCCUUCGGCCGCCGCUUCCCGCACGGCAAGGGGGACAAGCUCGGCGCCGUUCUCGCCGAGGCGCAGGACCUCUUCGCCGGCUUCACCAUCGGGGACUUCUUCCCGGAGCUCGAGCCCGUCGCCAGCACCGUCACAGGCCUCCGCCGCCGGCUCAAGAGCUGCCUGGCCGACCUCCGCGAGGUCUGCGACGAGAUCGUCGACGAGCACCUCAGCGGCAAGCGCCCGCACAUCCCCGGCGACCGCGACGAGGACUUCGUCGACGUCCUCCUCCGAGUCCAGAAGUCCCCCGACCUCGAGGUCCCCCUCACCGAUGAUAACCUCAAGGCCCUCGUCCUGGACAUGUUCGUCGCCGGCACGGACACGACGUUUGCGACGCUGGAGUGGGUGAUGACGGAGCUGGUCCGGCACCCGCGCAUCCUCAAGAAGGCGCAGGACGAGGUGCGGCGCGUCGUCGGCAGCAAGGGCCGCGUGGAGGAGGCGGACCUCGGCGAGCUCCACUACAUGCGCGCCAUCAUCAAGGAGACGUUCCGGCUCCACCCGGCCGUCCCGCUGCUGGUGCCGCGGGAGUCCGUGGCCCCCUGCACGCUCGGCGGCUACGACAUCCCGGCCAAGACCCGCGUCUUCAUCAACACCUUCGCCAUGGGCCGGGACCCGGAGAUCUGGGAGAACCCGAUGGAGUACUCCCCGGAGCGGUUCGAGAACGGCGGCGGCGAGAUCGACCUCAAGGACCCGGACUUCAAGCUGCUGCCGUUCGGCGGCGGCCGGAGGGGCUGCCCCGGGUACACGUUCGCGCUGGCCACCGUGCAGGUGUCGCUGGCCAGCCUGCUGUACCACUUCGAGUGGGCGCUGCCGGCCGGCGUGCGCGCCGAGGACGUCAACCUCGACGAGAGCUUCGGCCUGGCCACCAGGAAGAAGGAGCCGCUGGUCGUGGUCGUCAGGAAGAGCGAGGGGUACGACUUUAAGGGGGAGGAGCUGAACGAGGUUUAAGAUCACUUAUUAUUAAAUAUUCUCUAUUUUAUUUUAAUGGUUCAUGUCUUUGUUGUCUUUGUUCUUAUUAGUAGUGCAAUUGUGCAAAUAAGUGUCAAGUCUUGGGAGUGGUCGCCAUUAACCUUUUGUUUGUAGAGUAGGUGGUCUCGUGGAAGGCAAGGAACCAAUACAAGGAACCUUGUAAAAUUUCUAUUGUAACACUACGGUUGGUUGGUGGCCUGGUGGGCAAUAAAAAAGAAGACCAUAUUUCUUUUUCACAAAA